GCUCUUCGAACGCAGAAACCCCGUAGCGCAACACAGCAGCGCCAUUCUAACCGCAACAAAAUCCAAAAUGGCAGGAGCUGAUGGAGACGACUCUCUCUACCCCAUCGCAGUUCUCAUUGAUGAACUGCGAAAUGAGGAUGUCCAGUUACGACUGAACAGCAUCAAGAAGCUGUCUACUAUCGCCUUGGCUCUUGGUGUUGAGAGGACUCGCACUGAGCUCCUUCCUUUCCUCACAGACACCAUCUAUGACGAAGAUGAGGUGCUCUUGGCCUUGGCUGAGCAGCUUGGCAAUUUCACUAUGUUGGUGGGAGGGCCAGAGUAUGUCCACUGUCUCUUGCCUCCUCUGGAGAGCCUUGCUACAGUUGAGGAGACUGUAGUCAGAGAUAAAGCUGUUGAGUCCCUGCGGAAGAUCUCUCAGGAGCAUUCUCCAGUUGACCUAGAGGUGCAUUUUGAGCCUUUGGUCAAGCGUCUGGCCAGUGGUGACUGGUUCACUUCUCGCACAUCUGCCUGUGGUCUCUUUAGUGUCUGUUAUCCUCGUGUCUCCAGCACUGUCAAGGCAGAGAUCCGCCAGCAUUUCCGCACAUUGUGCUCAGAUGACACUCCUAUGGUGCGUCGUGCUGCAGCUUCUAAACUUGGAGAGUUUGCCAAAGUCCUGGAGCUGGAUUAUGUAAAAAGUGACAUAAUUUCCCUCUUCACCGCUCUGGCCUCUGAUGAGCAGGACUCUGUACGUCUGCUUGCUGUGGAAGCUUGUGUCAGCAUUGCCACACUGCUGCCUCAGGAGGACCUUGAGUCCCUGGUGAUGCCAACACUGCGCCAAGCUGCAGAAGAUAAAUCCUGGAGGGUCCGCUACAUGGUUGCUGACAAAUUCUCUGAGCUCCAGAAAGCAGUUGGGCCUGAGAUCACCAAGAAUGAUCUGGUGCCGGCCUUCCAGAAUCUUUUGAAGGACUGUGAAGCUGAGGUCCGUGCUGCUGCGGCCAACAAAGUCAAAGAGUUCUGUGAGAACCUCCCAGAGGACAAUCGUGAGCAAAUCAUCAUGACUCAUAUUCUGCCCUGUGUCAAGGAACUUGUUUCAGACACCAAUCAGCAUGUGAAGUCAGCCUUGGCCUCCGUCAUUAUGGGCCUUUCCACCAUCCUGGGAAAGGACAACACAAUAGAGCACUUACUGCCUCUCUUCUUGGCUCAGCUCAAGGACGAGUGCCCCGAGGUGCGUCUCAACAUCAUCUCCAACCUAGACUGUGUGAACGAGGUGAUUGGCAUCCGUCAGCUCUCCCAGUCACUGCUGCCGGCCAUUGUGGAGCUGGCAGAGGAUGCAAAGUGGAGGGUCCGCCUAGCCAUCAUAGAGUACAUGCCUCUGUUGGCAGGACAGCUGGGAGUGGAAUUCUUUGACGAGAAGCUCAACACCCUUUGUAUGGCCUGGCUUAUUGACCACGUGUAUGCCAUCCGUGAGGCGGCCACCUGUAACCUCAUGAAGCUGGUGGAGAAGUUUGGAGCGGAGUGGGCGCAGAACACCAUUGUGCCCAAAGUGCUGGGCAUGGCCAACGACCCCAAUUACCUCCACAGGAUGACCACUCUAUUCUGCAUCAAUGCGUUGUCAGAGGCGUGUGGCCAGGACAUCACCACAAAGCAGAUGCUACCAGUGGUCCUCAAGAUGUCCAAUGACCAGGUGGCUAACGUACGCUUCAACGUGGCCAAAUCCCUUCAGAAGAUUGGCCCGGUCCUUGACAGCAAUGCCCUUCAAACAGAAGUGAAGCCUGUGCUGGAGAAGCUUGCCACAGACACAGACAUGGAUGUCAAGUACUUUGCCCAGGAGGCCAUCAGUGUUCUGGCCCUCGCAUAACCAAUCCAACAUGGCUUCAACAGACAACCACCCAAGACAGCAACGCAAACACUUUUACAAGAUAUUUAUUGAUGUUCAGGAACAACUGGUAAAUGUAUAGAGAAAUCUGUUAACAAUUGUUUUAUCCAUUUUUCUUUUUUCCUCUUGUUUACUGUCCAAUAGUAGACUAUGUCCAGGCCUAUCACAGGCUUCUUCGUUAACCCUCUUUGCUGUAAAUGGGUGCUUUAACAAAGGCAAAGUGUGAUGAAAUUGCAUUUGGUAAUGCAUGCUGACUAAUGUGCUACUGUUCUAGCUAAGCAUCACUAUCCAGAACCCCUCCUCACAUUCCUUCCUUUAAAUCCUCGGCCACUGUUUUCUUUAGCCACAGUCGGUGCAGCUUACCACAUGUCUAUGAUCGCUACCUAGAACGCAAGGCUGAGCUAGCUCUCCGUACUGCUGCGCUUUUAUCUCAUUGCUAGAUGCAAACUUUGAGCAGCAGAUGGUGCAGCAAGCUGUUUAUUGAGCUGAGCUUCCUGCCUUCUGAUAGUUGUCUUUUCCACGAGACACUCCUUGUAGCUCUCCAGAGAACUGAUUGAGAAGUCUGUGCAGGUCUACUAGGCUGUCUUUUUUUUUUUUUUUUUUUUUUUUUUCCCACCUGACCAAACUUGUUGUUUCCUAAAUGGUUCACAGGAUUGUUCUAUACAAAGCUCUGACAAAGAAAUGAUGGGGUGUCCAUUACUGCAUGUAAUCCGAUGAACUCUCGAUGAUUGCAUCUACUAAUCAAUCUCAAACUGUCCUUUCCCAACCCUAUCAACCAGACUGACACACCCCUCCGCAGCAACGCAGAUUUAAUUGAUCAAACAAUUGAAUAACAUCGGCCCAUUGCAAUAGGCCCUUUUCACGGCAUCUAUUUUGACAUGUCAUAGCAGGGUAAACAUGGGUGUAAUUGAUGAAAUGAAUGAUGUCUCAUUCUAUUUAGUGUCACAGUCAUUCCAGUGAGCCAGCUUGCAAAAUACCAGGUCCCUGGCACACCUUAAAUGCAGCACGGCCAUAAUUAAUGUUAUUAAUUCCACCUGCGUUUACUCUGCAAUGACGCGUCAAAAUGACUGCUGUGAAAAGAGCCUAUAGAGACCAGCUACGUCAGGAAGUGGAGCUCAUAAUUAUCCCUCCUCUAAAUCUUCAAUGAUUUUGUUGAUGUGCUAGGGUGGGAAAUGGUUGUCAGUAGUGAUUUUCUUCAAAAUAGUCUCUGCGUUGCUCUUAAUCUUUGUGCCAAUGACUUUGAUAAGCAGUGGUGUUUUCUUUUAGUAUGCCUGGGUAACUAGUUUUCCUGUAAAGAGACUACAAUGUCCUUUUUUCUUGAAGGGACACUUUAUUCCUUGGAUGUUAAUAGGAGGGUAAAACUAACUUGACUACAGCUAAUGAAGACCAUGGGAUUAACAAAACCAGUCCUAUUUCUGUCCUAGAGCCAUCAAGUUUUCCCCUUAAAUCCAUGCUAAGUCCUUCCCUGUAAAUGAGAUUUAGAAGCAUAAGGUCAGCGAAUGUAAACGGUCAUCCGAGGAUUCUUGCUUACAAAUCUCAACACGAUGGAGAACAAAUGCAUGCUUUCAAAGAAAGUGGGAUUGGGGACAUGGAGAAUGUGUACGUAAGGCUGCAUAAUGUUUUAAAGGGUUAUUAGCUGGGGUGGUUAUGGGCCGGUUGAAUAAAUGUAUCUUCUGUGUUGAUAAAAUAAACUUCUGUCUUUCCUCGAACUACUCCCGCUGUUCCCUUCUCCACCCCCUCCCCUCAUUUUGUUCUUCAAUAAACCUUGAUUAAUUGUC